UUCAGUCGCGCGCCUCAAGCUCGUGCUCGAAACCUUCGGUCUAGUUUACUUCUGAUGGGAAAGUUGCAAGUUUCCGAAAAGUUUUCGCGCACCUUGUUAUGUUUUGGUCUAAAAUGAGGCUUUACUCCUGACUGAUAAAGUUUCUCACUGAAAGAACUCUGUCCGGCCUGGAUGAUCAAACUCUGACUGAGCUCCAUGGAGACGAAGCAUGAGCCCUGCAGCCCUUUUGUCCAACGCCCCAACAGUUUGAGGAAAACUUGUGCCGAGAUAGUCAGAGAAGCCCGACUGUCUCUGCAAGUUCAGUCCACGAAGCGACCUUUUACUCCAAGAGAUGGACAGAGGCAGCUUUUUGGAACAAACUCUGUUCGAGCACACCAAGACACCAGACCGCCAUCAGCCUUUAGUCUUCAUGCCCAGAACUUUGAAGCUAACUCCAGGCCCGGCUCAGGGACUCGCCUCUCACCCCUUAACCAUAAACCAAAGAUUCAGGUCCCCUGUAAUGCUGAGGAUUCGUUUAAGGUCUUUCCUAAAUCCCCCACUGGGCCGGUGGAAGCAAAGAAAGGGUUGGCACCAGCUCGGACCCGCCUCCUCAAGCCUGCAUCUCUUCAGUCGCUGCUGCCUUCAGAAGCAAGCACAGAUGGGAAAUCAAAUCCAGGCCCAGAGAAAAAGCAGCUGUCUGCUAAACAACUUUGCAGUCCAGAUCCCAGAGGUCAUGUAAAACCCAGCCCACCCAAAACACUUUGUAAAAGCAGUAAAAAUGCCGAGGCUGAGCGAGGCAGACCCACUGGCUGCAAAGCAGAACAAAAAACAGAGCUGAGGCAUGGAGACAUCACCACAUGCACUGAUGAGGAGGAUGCAGAGUCACUGGUGUGGAAUAAUGUGAUUCUUCCUCUUCUUCAAGAGCUGGAGAGUGUGGCUGCAGGCAGCUUGGAGGGCUCAGUGGACCGCAUGUGUGUCCUGUGUGACCGUCUGCAAUGCACCUUGGCUGACGCGGACAUGCUCAGCCGACGCUGUAAGCAGAGGUCUGGGAUCCUGCGAACUCUGUUCCGCCUUGUUGAUCUCCACUCUGCCCAGCUCAACCUGCAUAUCGCAGAGCUCUGCCUUGCACUCAGUGUGAGUGGAAACAACCUGCUGAACAUCUGCAAGCUCAUCUUCCAGAUCAGCCGCAGUGAAAGCAACGACAGCCUCUUUGAGAAAAACUCCAUCAUUGAUUCAUUGCUGUUGGUGCUGAAGAAUGAAGAUGUGUCUGUUUCUGGUGAAGCCCUACUCUACUGUGUUGGUACUUUAAAGUUCCUCUCUGGAAAUGCUGCGAUCCUCAGGCUCCUACUGGCCAAGAACUGCAUUGGUGUUGCACAGGAACUCAUCCAGAAGCUCUGUAUGGUGGAAGACGGCCACAUGACUGUAGCAGGACACAUCCUCGUACAGCUGACAGCCACCCUGAGGAACCUUGCAGAUCAUCCUGAUUCCCGCACACUGUUUGUUUCCCUCUACGUUAUUCCAGACCUGUGCUUGGUGUUGCAUCGUUACUGCGAGGACAAAGAUAUCUGCACUAACAUUUCCAGAAUUUUCAGUAAACUCUCCUCUUACUCCGAGUGCUGUCUCGCUUUGGCCCGGACCCCCAACUGCUACUCUCUAAUUUUAGAUCUGCUGAGCAAACAUUACCAAAAGCAGGACCUCGUUGUACGUCUUCUCUUCACCCUCGGGAACCUGACAGCCAGAAGCGACGAGCAUCGGCAGCAGCUCUUUCAGUGCAACAACUGCAUGCCCACUCUUCUCCAACUUUAUAACAAUUACCAGAGGAGAAAUGUAUCAUUAGGCACAGCCUUCCAGAAAGAGGCGCCUUCCCCUAGAGAACCUGCUGCUGAUGCUCUGAUCGACGAUGUGCUGGUGAAGCUGGUUAGGGUGCUGGCAAACAUGAGCAACCACCCAACAGUUGGUCCAUCACUGGCUACUAACGCAGCAUGCAUUCAGCUUCUGAUGGAGACAUUAGAGCUGAGGUCUGUAGAGGAGAGCGAGGAGCUACUGGUGAAUGUUGCUGCUGCCAUUAACAACCUCUCCUUUUACCAAGAAGAAACCUCUGAAAUCAGAAACAAGCAUCUCAUCAUCGCAAAGUUGAUGCUGAAAUUGAUGCUUAGUUCAAGCAUGGACGCCAUAUUAGAAGCUACUCGUGUUUAUGGAAACUUGUCCCUACAUAAGGAUGUGAGGGAGUUUGUCAUGCAAAAUGAAGUGCACAAGUUUGUGGUGACUCUGCUUGACUCAAAGAGAGCCGAGAUGUGUUUUUCCGCCUGCGGGGUCCUGACCAACCUUGCUCUGGACCCUCCCAACAGGGUUCGUCUUGAGCUGGAGGGGGCUUCUGCAAAGUUGGUGGACUGUCUGAGGGAUUUCGGGCCAGCUGACUGGCAGUUGGCAGGCCAGGCCUGUCAGGCCCUGUGGAACCUGAUUGGUCACGCCGCCGACAAGCUGCUUCAGACAGAGGAGAGAGAGACGCUGCUGGAGAUCCUCAUCGCGUACUCAGAUGAAGAGGAGGCUUUGAAGUGGAGACAGAAUGAAGAUGAGCCGGAUUUCCACAGAGUGUGCUGGGAGUCAGAGUUUUUACCAGUUGCUCAAAAAUUGAUAAAGGUAUUCGAUUCCUGAGGAAAUGAGGGCUUGACACGAUCAGUUUUGAUUGCCUAGAAACGUCUGGUUUGUUUUCAUCCAACAUGCUGAGUACAGAGAGCUCCUGCAGUCAUCCUCAG